AUGGAGAAGCAAAAACAGCAGAAGAAAUCAAGGCAAAGAGCCAAGAUGAGCUGGAGAAGGUUAUCGGCACUUUUGGGUGAUGUGGAACGGUUGACGACAACGGAAAGCAUUGGACGACGGAACGUUGUUCACCGUCGAACUCAAUCUUCUGCGCUAUUCUUGAAUUUGGACCCACCGCGAGCGCUGCGGCAUCGUGGUCGAUCCAUGUCAGUCGCUGAUGAGUUACCGUCACUACUCAAAUAUAAUCCUGGAAGUCACUUGUUGGACAACUUUGUAGCUGAGGCCGGCUGUCUAUUUUUGUCACUGUGGCUCCUCCCGCCAGAACCUAUACGGUCAAAAUACGCCAAGGAAAUUUCUAAACUUUCGCUACGGUAUAAUCAAUUGGGCAGCAGCGCACCAUUUGUUCCACAUGUUACGAUUGUGGGCAGUAUUCGAUGCGAGACACAACGCGGGGCAACUGAAUUGGGCAAACAGUUGCGAAAAGGACUGCGCGGUAUCGGCCCAAUCCCUUGUCGCUUUCGCAAAGAACCUUGUGAGUCCAUGUACGAUCCUAACAAUAAUCUCGUCUGGUCCCAAUCCUGUGUUGCGAUGAUGGAGCGCAGUGACGAGUACAUGAAGCUGCUGGCACAAUCCCGCCAAGUGUUGAAAUUACCUCCCGGUGAAUGGAUAUUUCCCGGUCCAGCUCAUGAGCCACAUUUUAGCAAGUAUUACGGAAGCCAAUCGCUCUCUCCGACCACGAGCAUACAACCUCCCGAAGAUUUUAUCGCCGAUGAAGCUGGCUUAUUCCUUACUACUCCGGGAACUCUCAAUGGUGUGAGUCAAUGGAAAGAAGUCACUCGAAUUGACCUCAACUGA